UCGAUGACCGUACGAAAAAGAGCAAGCCCAUCGCGAUUGUUGUCUGAAAUCGUUCUCAGUCCGAGGACGAAGCUGAUGUCAGUGGUGACCUGAACGAGCUGAAGCUGUCCGAACCGGAACGAUUCAGCAGCUGUUUUCGGACUCAAAGUAACUCACUCUACUACUAAGUACUAGCGACUAGCGUGCUGGUCAGCUGAUUCUAUAAGUGCAAUAGUGCUACAUACACACAUGAUUAUAAAAUUAGCUAUUUGUGGUACAGUGCAGCGGUACAAAUACCGGUAGGGUGGAGAGUCUGAUCUGCUGAGUGUAUGAGGCAGGGUGCAAGUAGGCUGGCCUUUCAGCGGUGAUCAUACACUCCAGGACCUCAGCAGUCAGGUUGGGGGACGAAAUGGACGGCAGCAGCAGUAGCAAAACGAGUCCUGGCACUGUGGAUAUAAGUGCCACUGGUCUACCUCGCGGAGCUUGGCCUACAAUGAUCACACCCUUCCAUGAAGAUGGCUCAAUCGAUUAUCAGUCUUUACAGUCUCUUGUUGACUGGUUCAUUGACAAUGGAGUCGCUGGUCUGUUCACGGUCUGCUUAUCCAGUGAAAUGUAUGACCUGUCAAAUUCUGAACGACUAGAGCUUGCGAGGGCUGUGAAGAAAUACUCAACCGGACGUGUGCCAGUGGUGGCCUCUGGGACAUUUGGUAGGUCUGUGGAAGACAUGGCUGACUUUGUACGCUCGAUGGCCAAAGAGGUUGACGCAGUUGUGGUUCUGGUCAAUCAACUUGCUUCACAAGAUGAGGAUGAUGAUGCGUGGCGAUGCAAUGUGCAAAAGCUGUUGGACCUCACUCCAGGUGUUUGCCUCGGCUUGUAUGAGUGUCCUGUGCCAUAUAAACGAUUCAUUUCUCUGGACAAUCUUCGAUGGGCAUUGUCAACAAAUCGUUUCUUUUUCCACAAAGAUACAGAAUGCAAGAAAGUGCCAAUCAAAGCCAAGAUUGAUGUUGUUAAAGAGUUUCCAGACACUCCAUUCAGGUUUCUGAACGCAAACAUUGAAACACUGCAGUACUCACAAUCCAACGGAGGCGAUGGUUUCUCAGGAAUAUCAGCCAACUUCUGCCCAGCAGUGAUUGCAUGGUUGUGCGAGCAUCACAGCACAAGAGAACAGGCGGAACAAGUUCAGGAGUUCCUUGGCUUGUCCCAAAAUCUCAUAAUGUGGAAGUAUCCAUGCUGUGCAAAGAAAUACCAUCAGAUGUUCGGCGUUACAACCAUGAAGACAACAUGCAAAGCAUCAACACCGGACUUUAAUGACAUUGAGACUAUGGCACUGGCGGAUCUCAGAUCCAGCAUACAAGACACACGGCAAUUGGCUGGCAUCCCGGACUUGGCAUCGUAGCAUCCAACCCACCCGGACCCACCCAUCCUUCAGUUGAGGUCUGGUCAGCGAUACCCAAACAGCACACCCCUACCUCCGUCCUGCUGAUGGCCGUGGCUGCCUGCUAGCCUACAAGGUACUGGACGCAGAUCUUCAUAGCAGUGGAAAUAAUCAUCAAACUCCCAGCAAGUCUACAGAUGCUGCACUGACAGUAGAGGUGGCUUUCUGACACAUCCUCCCUGUCCAUAAAGUCCCACUGACAAUAGCGUACUCAAGUACAUGUAAUACAGCCAGGGAUCACGGCUUGGAAAUAGUAUUUUUCAAUAGUCAGAUAAAAUCAACACACACAUGCCACGCUAUACGCUGGAGUGUAAACUCCUUGGACAAAUUUGCUCUUGAUUUUCUCAACAAACCAUUUCUUUAAGAAAUAGUGGUUGCGACUUCGGCAAUGAUUUAUUCGAAAAGGG